AUGGUAUUUAUACUGAUCAGUUAUAUAGGGGUUAUACCAGAUUAUGAAGCUAUCAGAAUUACACUGAAAUCCAGUCUGAGACAGAAAUAUGAGCGCAUUUUGGAUGGAACAUCAGUGAGAGGCCAUAGAAAGUUCCUGAAUGAUAUCUACACUGAUCUUUACAUAGUGGAGGAUGAGACUGGAGGAGUCAUUCAUGAACAUGAGAUUAUGCAGGCUGAGGCAUCAACUAGGAGAUUUACUACAGAGGAAACUCCAAUCACAUGCAGUGACAUUUUCAAACUUCCAUCUGAUCCAAGUCGAAGAAACAGAAAAGUGCUGACUAUGGGAAUUGCUGGAGUGGGCAAAACUGUCUCAGUGAACAAAUUCAUACUGGACUGGGCAGAGGGAAAACACAACCAGGAAAUAGACUUUAUUUUUCCACUUCCCUUUCGAGAGCUGAAUUCAGUAAAGGAUAAAACCUACAGCCUGACAGAAUUGCUUUAUGAGUGUCUUGAAGAUCCUGCUGAACUGAAGUCUCUUCCAGAUGGUGAUGGUAAAGUCAUGUUCAUUUUUGAUGGACUUGAUGAGUGUCGCUUUCCUCUUGACUUUACUGAGAAAGAGAAAGUGAAAAAGAUAAAUCAUAAAACAUCAGUGGGUAGACUAAUAACAAACCUACUCAAGGCAAAUCUGCUUCCCUCUGUUCUCAUCUGGAUAACUUCCAGACCAGCUGCAGCUCAUCAGAUCCCUCGAGACUACAUUGACCAGGUGACUGAAGUACGAGGAUUCAGUGAUAAACAAAAGGAAGAUUACUUUAGGAAAUACAAUGGCAAGGACCAGGAUAUGGCCAAAGAUAUGAUCUCACACAUAAAGAAAUCAAGGAGCCUCCACAUCAUGUGUCACAUACCAGUCUUCUGCUGGAUAUCAGCCACUGUGCUUCAGCCAAUGCUCGCCACAGACACUAGUGAAGAACUCCCUACAACUCUGACUGGGAUGUAUAUACAGUUUCUGAUUUUCCAAGCAAAUCGAAUGAAAGAGAAAGAGGAGGCUAAGAACAUCAAUCCAAUGAGAAAACAAGAUAAGGCUGAACACAUCAUUAUGAAGCUUGGAAAGUUGGCCUUCCUUCAGCUGGAGAAGGGUAAUCUGAUAUUCUAUAAGGAAGACCUGAGAGAGUGUGGCAUUAACAUCAGUGAGGGUUCAGUGCACUCAGGUGUCUGCACACAGAUAUUCAGUCGAGAGCAGGGAGUGUGUAAGACAGUGGUGUUCAGCUUUGUGCAUCUGAGUGUUCAAGAAUUCCUUGCUGCAGUCUUUGUGUUUCUCUCACAUCGUAAAAAGAAAAAGAAUCAACUUUAUCCAAACACAGUUGUGAACAGAUGUAAAUGGCUGUUUAAGACUACAGAGGCGUUCAAUGAAUCUGCAAUAGACAAGGCCUUAGAGAGUGAGAAUGGACACCUGGACCUUUUCCUCCGCUUCCUUCUUGGUCUCUUGUUGCAGUCGAAUCAAAGACUCCUGAAAGAAUUACUGCCACAAACAGUGAUCAGAGCAGUGAGUGUGGAGAAAACAGUCGACUACAACAAGAAGAAACUCAACAAGAACAUCUCAUCAGAUAGGAGCAUCAAUCUCCUCUACUGUCUGAACGAGCUGAAGGAUGACUCCCUUUUAAAUGAAAUUCAAAAUUACUUGGGCUCAGGACGUCUCUCAACAGAGAACCUCUCAUCUGCUCAGUGGUCAGCUCUGGUCUUUGUCCUGCUGAUGUCUGAGGAGACUCAAGAAAAGUUUGAGCUGAACAAAUACAGAGGAUCAGAUGAAGGGUUGAAGAGACUUCUGCCAGUACUAAAAAACACCAAACGGGCACUACUUGCUGGUUGUAAACUCACUGUUCAGUCCUGUGAAACUGUAGCCCCAGUUCUACAGUCAAGAAACUGUCCCCUGAGAGAACUGGACCUGAGUAACAAUGACCUUCAGGAUUCAGGAGUGAAACUGCUUUGUUCAGGACUGAAGAAUCCACACUGUAAACUGGAGAUGCUGAGACUUGCCGGUUGUAAACUCACUGGACAGUCCUGUGGAGCUGUUGCCUCAGUUCUACAGUCAGUAAACUGUCCCCUGAGAGAACUGGACCUGAGUAACAAUGACCUUCAGGAUUCAGGAGUGAAGAUGCUCUGUGUGGAACUGGAGAAUCCACACUGUAAACUGGAGAUACUGAGGUCAGUAUUGGAUCUCACACUGGACCCAAACACAGUAAACACACUCCUCUCUCUGUCUGAGGAGAACAGAAAGGUGACACGUGUGAGAGAGAAACAGUCGUAUCAUGAUCAUCCAGAGAGAUUUGAUUACUGGUCUCAGGUCAUGUGUAGAGAGGGUCUGACUGGAUGCUGUUACUGGGAGACUGAGAGGGGUGGAGUUAAUGCUGGUAUAUCAGUGACAUAUAAAGGAAUCAGGAGGAAAGGACAGAGUGAUGACUGUGUGUUUGGAAACAAUGAAAAGUCCUGGAGUCUAUUGUGCUAUGGUAACUGUUACUCUGCCCGUCACAAUAAACAGGUCACUGACAUACCUGCUCCCCCCUCACACAUACACAGAGUAGGAGUGUAUCUGGACUGGUCAUCUGGAACUGUGUCCUUCUACAACGUCUCCUCUGACACACACACACUCACACACAUACACACAUUCCAUUCCACAUUCACUGAGCCCCUCUAUGCAGGGUUUUAUGUUUAUGGCUCCUCAGUGUCUCUGUGUCAGAUUAAAUGA